CCACAAUUCUCUUGUCCUUUGCCCCAUUGAUUCCCAUUUACGGCAGUUUGCUGUCUAUAAUAGCUAACUACGUCCAAGUGUCUUUGUGCCCUCGUGCCUAGCUCGACUAGAGAAAACAAUGACUUAAAUACACCACUCCACCCCCGAGAACGAACCAACAUCCCGUGGGUCGUUCCACUUUCUCUACUCUCAGCUACUAUGACUUUUUUUCGACCAAAGGACAGCGUGCAUCACAUUUGAUAUUCCCGGCCUUGACGUCCCUGCAGCCAUCAAUCCAAGUUUUAAACAUGUGCAUUAGCCAGGUGUUUACCAGAUCGCCCAACCCUAUAGAAGGGAACUCCGCAGUUCGGAACACACAAGCGCAGUAUCAACAAUUGGACGAAAAUCUAUAAUUCCGAGCCAUGCCUCCUCCAUCAAUUAGCAUAUGUAUAUGCGCUGGCCAUAGAUUCGCGGACCCUAAAUCACUUAAAAUGAACAGCCAAAACGAAAAAAAAAACCGGUGUCUCUGCUGUGAAACAAAAAGGACCACAAAAAGGUUGCAUCCAUUCGCAUGCGUGAAAGAGGACAGCAUCAUCCAAUAAUCACACAGCUUUUUGGUGCAUGAAACAUGUUUUCUGCUCAAGACUAUAGCAGUCCUUCGAAGUAGGCUAAAGUAAGCAGCGCCUACAAGGGAAGAAGGGAAAUUAAAUUCGUUCUCCCACCAACCCCUGUCAGCUCACCGCGAGAAUGAGGAAUCCUACAUGCACCUAGGUAUGGUCCAGAAUACCCGUUAUUAUUUACCGCUUACAAAACUCAGCAGUCCAAAAUCUUGUAGCAAGCAUAAUCCGUACAUAGAGUUGUCGAUUUUGUUGGCCCGUGGCGGAGAUACGGGUUGCAAAUCACAGAUCGUCGAGUGUAUUUUUGAAACAUGCCAUUUUUCAGCGAGUCAAAACACAUAGUAUGCCUUGGAAAAGCGGCGACCAUUUAUGUGUUUUGUGGGAUUCGUGGGAAGAAGACUUGUGGAGAAAUAUGCCAACUUUGAUUGAUAUUCCUGAGCGUGCGCAAGAUACAAGAAUACAUAUGCUGCCCCAUACUGUGUUUUUCGGUGCAUAUUUCCAUGCAAUUGCCAUGCCUCGAGGUAAAUGUCCCCUGUGGAUGUACUGUACAUGUAGAUACCUACAGAUUAGUUAUUUUUAGAGAUCUGUUUGUUUCCCUCGCGGCCAAAAGGAACAGCCGUCCUGUAACCAACAACCCCGUUUCGUUCUUCUUUUCACAGGAUCGACCUUCUGUGGCGCAAACUUUAAGUUAAGGUGGCGUGUAUGAGCGCCACGAGCCACUCUUGGGAAAUUGUUUACCUAAGCAAACCUUUCAUUGCAAAGUCGCGGCAAGAAAGCUGCAACACUUCGCAUGCCCGCUACACGUUUGUUGGCUGCUUGGCCGAAAGAGAAAACACCUCAUUCUUAGCGGUAGCUCCUAGAUAGCUAUUGGCGCAGUAGGAAUGGCCUAGUAGAGUAUUCCUCAACUCACACGUCGCUGCUCGAAGUGUCACCAUCAGCUCGGAGUCUCCUCUCUCUCCUAGCAUGUCAUCGCCCCGAUCGUAAAAGUGCCUGGGCAUAGCAUUCUUUCAUAGGAAGUUAUAUUCCACUGUCGUUAUAUCUCUAGACGCCCUGCACCUCCCAUUAAAACGUGCCGCGAUCCAUCGAACGGACUUGACUACCUACGAUACACACUCGCCUCCAAACACAACCAUGGCUACAGACGACUCACCAAUGACGGGCACUAGCACUAGCUCUGAUGAUGAGCCUAUCGAGACUCUUGUGGAGGGACGAGCCCGCCGAAGCACUGCGGGCAGAAACAUGGGUGCUCUCCUCGACGCAGAAGCCGACGACGAACUCGCCCUCCUUUUCGCGGAAGAUGAAGAUGAUGAGGAAUUCACGAGUGGUGAGGAAGAAGGAGCCUCGGGGGAGGAUGAACAAGGUGAAGGUGUCGAAGAUGAAGCCGAUGACAUGCAGCUCGAUUCUUCAUCUGAUGACGAAGAUGACCGGGGCCCUAACGAGCCGGGGGAUGAGUUGGAAGGCGAAAGGGAACUCGAAAGACAGGCUAGGGCAGAGCGGCUGGCAAGGAAGCGGAAGGAGCAUGACAGUAUGAUGAAGUUUCCAGCGUCGCGGAAGAGAGUGAAAAUUGGCCCGACCGCCGCUACGGAGUCGAUAACUGGUCCAACAACGCCUACACCGCGCCCGAAGAAGAAAUCAGAGCGGAUAUCGUGGCUGCCGACGCCGGAGGAUGGCCCGACACGAUCCUCAUCCAGACGGCAGACGAUGCAGAAUAAGGAGCUUACUCACGCGCGGUUGAAGGAUAGUGAGGAGAAGCGGGUGAGAUUGAUAGCGACGAUGGAGGAGGCGGCGAGGCGCAAGCAGAAGUUGAAGCCAAAGGUGAUGACACAGGAAGAGCGGUUGGCGGAGGCGGCAAAGACGGAGCGGCUGAAUAGCAAGAGUCUUAAUCGUUGGGAGGAGAUGGAAAGAAAGCGGAGUGAGGAGCAAAAGGCGAAAUUGGCCGCGUUGCAGAAUCGCAGGCUGUCAGGGGCCGUUACGACUUGGUGGAGCGGGCUUGCGAAGUGGAUUAAUGGGAAACUGGCACAGGUGGGGGCGAAGGAAGUUAAGCAAGCGCCGGACGUCGAGAGGAAGAGGAAAGGGGCCAAGGAUAGGGAUGAUUCGCCAAAGAGGGCGAAGUCCAUGAAGACGGAGAGAGUUGCGGAAGGGGCAGAUGAGAAAAAGAAAACUAUUCCACCAGGUCACGAUAAAAGUCCUGAUAAUCAGGCUGGGAAGACGGUAGUAGAGGGACAAACGCAGGAAACGAUGAAGGAUGCCCAACCGCAGGGUGUCAUUUUUGACCCGCCACAAGCUCCAGGGAGCUUCUUGGACGGGAUUCAUAUCUACGCUUCUAUGAAGGAUGAUGUACCCCAUGCCCCUGCAACGUCUAACCAGGCACCAUCAUCUAUGCCGGCACAACCAGCAUCAACACCAGCAUCUAUACCGUGUGCAGCUCAAGAACCUACCCCAUCAACAUCUACUACGGUACCUGAACAUCCUUCACAGGCAAAACACUCUCAAGCAACACCACUUGAAGAAACAGGAAUAUCGACUAAAACGACCCCAGAGUCUUGUGAACCAUCGCCGGAGGGAUCGGAACCCAUACUGCUGUCAGCGAAAACAGAGCAUCAACAGUCCCAAAAGUCGUUCCCGGACAUAGAAGUCCAGAAAACUGGAUCUGAAGGAAGCCCAGCGGCCGCCCCACCAUCACCGUCGUUAUCACAGCAGCCACGGGAUAAAAAGCCCGAAUCACCAGCUGUAGCCAUACACGUCGAUGAGAAUAAUAAAAAUCCCCAGGCCCAGCAGACACAGUCAAAAUCAACAUCAAUAUCACCGCCCACACAACCUCCGCUCACUCCCCAACAGGAACCUCAACUAGAAAAACCACCACCAGAACAGCCACAACCAGAACAACAGCAGCCAGAACCACAGCCAGAACAACCACAACCAUCCAUACCUACCCCACCACCAACAAUCGAACACUCAUCCCGCAACCUACUAAUCCUCGAAAAUUUCGAAAACAAAACCCCACAAGAACGCGAAGAAUUUAACAUAUUCUUCAACUCGCGCAAGCCCCAAAGGCUACAAAAAAUCCCUCAAGAACUCUGCCCCAUAACCUCCCGCCUAGCCCGCUACCGCGACCCAGAAACAAAACUCCCCUACGCCAAUGCCGUCGCGUACCGCGAGAUCCGCCAGACGCUGGCAAAUCGGUAUGCGUGGAGUGGGUUGCUGGGAUGUUUUGUAGGGCCUAUCGGGGUGGGCGCUAGAGGGGUUCCGGAGAGGUUCUUGGCGCCGAAUGCUCCACCACCGCCGACAGCGGUUUCGGUGGGAGACGGCGGGGGCGGUAGUGGUGGGGGUGGAAGGGGCAGUGUGGGGAGUUUGGGGAGUGCAGGCGGGAGUAGGAGUGGGAGUGGAGCGGAGGGGGUGUAAGCUGAGAGGGGAAUAAAUAUCAACUGCUUCUUGCUUUCGUGGUUUGAUGCCUCCUCGUCUCGUCUGGGGGCGAAUCACAAUUAGUGUCAUUUAAUUGGUGUCUAAUUGCCACCACGAACUUUUGAUUGGUUCAAAAAGACGGCGAGGAGGAGACAGAUUUUUUUUUUUCUUUUUUCUUUUGAAUGAUAUCCCGUUCUCUUCCAAUAUUCCCCUGUGAAUCGACACCACUUUUACAUAUACAAGCACAAAAGCAGAAGAAAAUAGUUUUAAAGUGAUUAUUUUGCAAGUGAAAAAAAAAAAAAAAAAAAAAAAAAAAAAAAAAAAAGAUGCAAGUGAACGACAUACCAAAGGGAAAAGUCCCUACACCGAAUCAAAUCCCUUUGUUUGCCAAAUUUAACUUACUGCCCAUAUUGACUCGUUUUAAUUGCGGAACCCGGCGGAGGGCGAGGCGAGUUUGGCUGGCUUUUUUUCCCCUCUCUUCUCGAAAUAUUCCAGGAGAGUUUGAGUAGUUUGUCCUAAUAAGGGCAUACACAGGUGGAUGGAUAUAUAUAUACUCUCAUCGCUAAAAUGUGCCGUCUGAUGUCUACUACGCUCUAUGUGGGUUGAAGGGCGGCACGGGAGGAUUGCGCGCUGUUUCUAUACAAUACACUUCCUGAACCGUUUGUUUUUGGAACUUGACUUCCUA